AUGCCGAUCUGUCCACCUGAAACCAACGGGUCUCUCAUCCUCCUGGGCAGCAGGACUACCCGAAUGCUGGCCAGAACUCGUCCUCGAGUGAUGGUCACUCCUCUAGGCAGCUUAUUGAGCUCCUCGUCAUUGCAGACAGUCGGCUGCUGCCAUUGGUGUGAACACAUGGUUGAAGAAAAAAUGCAGCAAGUCCUUUCUCCACGCUUACAGCUGGAAGUGAGCUGCUCUGCCGUGUACCAGUACAAUACACAUGGUUGGAGGCUGGAUGUGGACAGAAUGCGCAAGAAACUAGGGGGUGAUGACGGCAUAGCAUCAUAUUACAAGCAGCAAGGGCAAAAUGCAUCCUGUUUCCUGUAUAAUGUGUGUGAGCAGGGAUUAUUUAAUUGUACCCAGGAAUCCUGUGAGAAAGUACAACAAUGUCCCCACUCUCUGGUUUACUCUCCACGCUCCUGCCUUCUCACCUGUUCCAGUCUGGACCUCCCUGGCCAACAACUGUCCCAGUCAAGCUGCAGAAAGCCAUUGUCUGGGUGUGUCUGUCCUUCUGGGACUGUCUUACAUGGGGAUCUAUGUGUUCUGCCAGAUGAGUGCCCAUGUCACCAUAACGGUCAGAUUUAUUACAGUAAUGACACCAUCACAAAAGACUGCAACACAUGUGUGUGUAGGAAGCGUCGCUGGCACUGUACCCAAUCUAUUUGUGCUGGAGUAUGUGUUGCAACUGGUGAUCCACACUAUGUGACAUAUGAUGGCCGCAUCUAUUCUUUUCUUGGCGACUGUCAGUAUGUGCUAACAAGGGAGACCAGUGGUUUGUUCAGCGUUACGGCAGAGAAUGUGCCAUGCGGAAGCACUGGCGUCACCUGCACCAAGUCAGUCACCCUCAGCCUGGGAAAGACUGUCAUACACCUGCUAAGAGGUAAAGCAGUGACAGUAAACGGAAUGCCCAUUACACUACCAAAGUCCUAUAGUGGCAGCGGUCUUUCUGUGGAGAGAGUUGGCCUUUUCGUUGUCCUCUCUUCUCGACUUGGAAUCACUGUGCUGUGGGAUGGAGGCAUGCGUGUGUAUUUGCGUUUGGAGGUACACCUGCGAGGUCGAGUUGGAGGGCUGUGCGGGAACUUUGAUGGGGACACAGAAAAUGACUUUACAACACGGCAGGGAAUUGUAGAAUCAACACCUGAACUGUUUGGAAAUUCUUGGAAGAUCAGCCCUUCCUGCCCUGAUGUAGAAAACCAAGACCUUCGUGAUCCAUGUGUUCUAAACUCACACAGAGUGACAUGGGCAAGGAAAAAGUGUGCUGUGCUAACACAGGAACUCUUUUCAUUAUGCCACACUGAGGUGCCCUUCCAGCAGUAUUAUGACUGGUGUAUCUUUGAUGCUUGUGGUUGUGACUCUGGUGGGGACUGCGAGUGUCUGUGCACAGCCAUAGCUUCCUACGCUGAGGAGUGUAAUCGACGAGGGGUUUACAUCCACUGGAGGUCCCAGGAGCUUUGUCCUCUUCAGUGUGAGAAAGGACUGGUUUACAAUCCAUGUGGACCUGCUUGCACUCUGUCAUGUCCAAGUGUCCAUCAAAGUUCAUACUCUCAGUGCGCUGUGCUUUCCUGUGUGGAGGGCUGCUUCUGCCCUGCUGGCACAGUCAGACAUGGUGACAGCUGUAUAAUGCCUACUCAGUGUCCAUGUGAGUGGGACGGCUCCAUGUACCCCGCUGGAACAUCGAUUACUAAACACUGCCAGAACUGUUCUUGCAAUGAAGGUAUUUGGCAGUGUGAGGGUGUGGCUUGCCCUCCUCCCCCAUCUCCAUGCUUGGAGUCUGAGGUUGCAUGUACCAGUGGGCGCUGCAUCCCAUCCCAGUGGGUGUGUGACAACGAGGACGACUGUGGUGACGGCUCAGAUGAGAUUUGCCCGUCCACCUGCUCCCCAGAACAGUUUCGCUGUUCAAGCAGGCCAAGUGGACCAUGUUUGAACCUGGCGCUGCGCUGUGAUGGUCACCCAGACUGUGCUGACCAAUCAGAUGAGGAGUUCUGUGGACCUGCCACCACAGUGCCCUCAUGCUCUCCUGGAGAGUUUCAGUGUGCCAAUGGAAAGUGCCUGCCAGUCACCCGUGUAUGUGAUGGACGGCUCGACUGUGGCUUUGCUGAUGGGUCUGAUGAGCAAGACUGUGGCGUGGUAUGUGAUGAAGGGGAGUUCCUCUGUCCAGGAGGACGCUGUAUUCUCUACAUCCAUCGCUGUGAUGGCCAUGAUGACUGUGGAAAUUUAAGUGAUGAGAGAGGGUGUGUGUGUGAACCAGGAUACUUUCAGUGCCCAGGUGAUCAGUGUAUCCCUGUAGACAGAUUAUGCGAUGGACACAAAGAUUGUCCUUCUGGAACAGAUGAAGCUAUCUGUGCAAGCAAAGUGACCUGUGCUCCCAACCAGUUUGCCUGUGCUGAUGGUACAUGUGUUGCCAAAUCUAAGCUGUGUGAUGGAACAGCUGAUUGUCCAAACAGUGAGGACGAGCACAAAACUAAUUGCUACACUGAGAUCAUAACACCACCUGUCACCCCAACGUCAGUCUGUAGGUCCUAUGAAUUUAUCUGUGCCAAUGGUGGGCAGUGUGUUCCUCGGGCAUGGCAGUGUGAUGGGGAAACAGACUGCCAGGAUGGUAGUGAUGAGCAGCAGUGUGCUGCUCCAUGCAGUCCUGGCCAGGUGCCUUGCCUCAGUGGGGACCAGUGUGUAUAUUAUCAACAACUCUGUGACGGAACCCCACACUGUAGGGAUGCUUCAGAUGAGAGUGUUAACAAUUGCGGAUCUGCUAAGAUUCCUUCGUGUCCAGGUAGCUUCCCAUGUGACAACCACACCUGUGUAAACAUGUUAAAAGUGUGCAAUGGCAUCCCAGACUGUCCACGUGGUGAUGAUGAGUUGGUGUGUGAUAAAACCAUCUCACCAGUUCACCCUGGGAGUAGGAACGUCACUACUACCUGUUCUGAGUUCACCUGCUUAGAUGGAACCUGUGUACCAUUUAACUUGGUGUGCAAUGGUGUGGCAGACUGUCCGGACUCUUCACGAACAGCAUUUGGAAGGUCAACCGAUGAGCAGGGUUGUAGAACGUGGAGCUCUUGGGGUCCCUGGAGCUCUUGCAGUACAUCCUGUGGGACAGGUUCUAUGAGCCGGUAUAGAACCUGUCCUCCAGGGAACUCUCUGCACCGCUGUUGGGGUCAAGACAAUCAGAGGCAGCAGUGCUUCAACACCACAUGUCCUGUGGAUAGUCAGUGGCUGCCAUGGGGAAGAUGGUCAAACUGUUCUCGUAGUUGUGGUGGAGUGCAGGUGAGACAUAGAGAAUGCAUUCCUCCUCAAUAUGGAGGCCGACACUGUUCCCAGUUUGAGGGACCAACUAACCUCUCCCUGGAAUUCAAACCAUGUUCUAAUGAUGGAUGUACAAAUACCAGCUGUCCACCUGGCCUUGUGAGACAUACUUGUACUCCUUGCCCUGUCUCUUGUGCUCACAUCAGCAGUGGGAUAACCUGUGAUCCCACAACGCCUUGCUUCUCUGGUUGCUGGUGUCCAGAAGGCCAGGUGAUGAGCUACACACAACAAUGUGUGUUGCCAGAAGAGUGUGCAUGUGAAGUUGCAGGUGUGCGAUACUGGCCAGGCCAGCAAAUAAAACUUGACUGUGAGAUUUGUGUUUGUGAGAGAGGAAAGCCUCAGAGAUGUCAGCCCAACCUGGACUGCUCAGUGCACUGUGGCUGGUCUUCAUGGUCUGAAUGGGGAGAGUGUUUGGGACCUUGUGGUGUCCAGAGUGUACAGUGGUCAUUCCGCAGCCCAAAUAAUCCCACCAAUCAUGGAGAUGGCAGAGCCUGUAGAGGAAUUUACAGAAAAGCCCGCCGGUGUCAGACAGCCCCAUGUGAUGAGUGUGAGUAUCAAGGUCGGUUCCAUGCAGUUGGAGAAAGAUGGAGGGCAGAGCCAUGCCUGUUAUGUCACUGUUCCCUCAACCUUUCGGUGCAAUGUGACAUGUACUGUCCAUACACCAUCACUGGAUGCCCUCAGGACCAAAGUCUGGUCCAAGGAGACACGUGUUGUUACUGCAAAGUGAAAAAUGACACUGCGCCUGUGACAGUAAGCCCUGACAACGUGACAGUGAAGAUGACUAUAAGCGCCACACCCCUAGUCCCUACUUACCCCCUUGCUCCCGGAGCUGAAUGUUGGGCUCCUCUGGGUGUCCAAACUCUCCCAGCUUCUAGUUUCAAGGCCUCGUCUCACCAAAAUGCUCAUCCACCUGAGGCAGCUCGUCUUCAUUGGUGGGAUCCUCAUAGUGACCUGCAGGGCUGGAGUCCAGAACCAGAAGAGUAUAAAGACCUACCACAGCAGAGACCAGAGGGACACAGUGGCAACAUGCAAAGCCCCUACAUUCAGAUAGACCUGCUCAAAGCCUACAACAUCACAGGUGUGUUGACCCAGGGCGGUGGUGUAUUUCGCACCUUUGUGACCAGCUUCUACCUCCAGUUCAGUCAGGAUGGGAGUCAUUGGUACACCUACAAAGAACUUGUUUCUUCUGCUCAACCCAGAGUGAAGCUUUUCCUCGGUAACUACGAUGAUCAAGGUGUGACAGAAAGCAGACUGGACAGGAUAGUUUUAGCUCAGUUUGUUCGCUUGUUGCCCCACGACUUCCAGAAUGGCAUCUACCUUCGACUUGAGAUCAUGGGUUGCGUUGAUGGGUAUCACUGGCUAUCUUCCCCCACUCCUCCCUCACCAGUCUCUCCAGUAUGGGAAUGCAAAGAGAAAGAGUUUCAAUGUGAAAAUGGUCACUGUGUACCAGCAGGCCCACUGGGAGUUGUCUGUGAUGGUAAAAAUGACUGCGGAGAUGGAUCAGAUGAAACAUCCUGUGGUACCCAGGCUUAUGUUACGUCCUCUAGUUUACGCAGCUGUCCAACUGGUCAGUUUUCCUGCCUCCCACCGGGGGGCUGCAUUGAGAUACGCAAACGUUGUGAUGGUAUUCGUAACUGUCCCAGAGGAGAGGAUGAAAAUGGAUGCCACCUCCAUGACGUCACGACACAUUCAGAUAGGGCAUACACACAUACCCCUUCUCCUCUGAAGACUCCUUCUAUGGCAGCUGUUACUCACGCAGCAGUAACACCAACACAUGGUGGCCCUGGCUAUUAUGGCAUUUGCUCGUCUCCACUUGGACUGGAGGAUGGGAGAAUUCAUUAUAGUCAAUUAUCUUCCUCCUCACAUAGAGAGAACAACCCUGCUGAUGCUGGAAGACUAAAUAUUAUUCCUAACAUUAAGGUUAUGGAACCUGGUUGGAGCCCUUUGCCUGCAGAUCCCCAGCCGUAUCUUCAGGUGGAUUUCCGGGAGCCCAAAUGGAUAUCAGGAGUGGUGACACAAGGAAAUGAGCACAUGUGGGGUUAUCUCACUAAAUAUCACGUGGCAUUUUCCCUUCAAAGUGACAUCUUUACAGAUUUUACAGAAAAUGGAAAGCCUGAAGGCCCUGCGAAGGUGUUUGAAGUUCAAAUGGUGGGCAGCAUCCCUGUGACUCGCUGGCUGGGUUGGCUUAUCAGAGCUCGCUACGUACGCAUCAUCCCUGUGGAGUUCAAGCACACCUUUUACCUACGUGUGGAGAUUCUUGGCUGUAGAGGAGAUGAGCUAGUGACACCCGGCAGUGUGACUUCUCCCUCAGGAUUUGGAACAGUUAGUGAGCAGCGCUGCAAUGCAGGCCAGUUUUUGUGUGAACACACUAAGGAGUGCAUCCCCAUGUCUGUUCUUUGUGAUGGUCGACCAAACUGCAAAGACCAUUCUGAUGAGCUCAACUGUGGUACUUCUCCAACCAGAAGUUUUCCAGGACUUCACAAUCAAACCAUCUACACAGGGAAAACUGUUUUCCAUGUUGACAAUGUAACAACAGGUGGCCCUGGCAUACAUACUAUGAGUAUGCAAAGCGGAUUUCCGGGGGUGGCAACGGCAGGCACCAUAACCAGGCCAACGGUAACUCCACUACCACCACCAACUCCCGGACCCUGCUCUUCUAAACAGUUUCACUGUGACAGUGGGGAGUGCAUUCACAAGGAUCGUAAAUGUGACCUGGGAUGGGACUGUUUAGAUGGUUCUGAUGAAAAAGAUUGUGUGGACUGCAUAUUGUCCCCGUGGACAGCCUGGAGUGCCUGCAGCAUGACAUGCGGUCUUGGUUCCAUGUUUCGACAGAGGGAUAUAUUAAGGCAUGCUCUGCCUGGAGGAUUCUGCAAUGGAGCUCAGUUUGACAGUCAAGCCUGUUUUCCUCGAGCAUGCCCAGUUCAUGGUUAUUGGUCAAAGUGGACAGAGUGGUCAGAAUGUGACACUUUGUGUGGCGGAGGAGUCAGACAGAGGAACCGAACUUGUUCUGCACCCCCUCCUAAAAAUGGUGGACGAGACUGUGAGGGCAUGUCCCAGCAGAGACAGAGCUGUAACAGCCAGCCCUGCACCACGGACACUGGAACACAAACAGGUUGUGUCGGCGGCAUGGUGCUGGUGACAAAGGAAGAUUGUCAAGCUGGAAGAGUUGAUCCUUGUUCUUCUACCUGUUCAGAACUCAGCAUGACCAACAACUGCACUUCAACGUGCAUAGAGGGUUGUCGCUGUCCUUAUGGGUUGUACCUUCAGGAGGGCCAAUGUGUGAAUUCUAGCCAAUGUGUCUGUGAUUGGUUUGGUGAGAUACUUCAUCCCGGACAAGUGAUCAACAGAGAUCAGUGUAUUACAUGGGGUUCUUUGAACAAACUCAGUGUGUGCCCAGUGGGCAUGGUGUACAUGACAGCAGCUGAGUGUGUGGCUCAGGGUGGUGCAUGUCCACGAGUGUGCUUGGACAUGACCUUCACAGAGGUUCAGUGUGUCACCGCCUGUUAUGAUGGUUGCUACUGUUCCCCAGACCUCUACCUGUUUAAUGGCAGCUGUGUGCCUUUGGCACAGUGCCCAUGUUACCAUUAUGGGAAGAUGCAACCAGCUGGUACUGCCCUGCCUUUUGACACAUGCAACAACUGUACCUGCACUAAUGGAAAAAUGAAGUGUGGAACAGUUCCCUGUCCAGUGGACUGUGGCUGGAGCAGCUGGACACAAUGGAGUGCUUGUAGUCAAACUUGUGAUGUUGGUGUAAGAAGAAGGUAUCGUUCAGGAACCAAUCCACCUUUGGCUUUUGGUGGCCGGCCCUGUAAAGGAGAGAGAGUUGGGAUUGAUACCUGCAGCAUUGAACCCUGCCUUGGUAUCAAAGAACCAUGGAGUAUGUGGUCGGAGUGUUCAGUGACAUGUGGAGGAGGUUACAGGACCCGAACACGUGGGCCCAUCAGAAUCCAUGGCACAGCUCAACAGUUCAGCGCCUGUAGCCUGCAGCCUUGUGGAGAGGGCAGGAUGUGUCCUCCAGGUCAGCAGUGGAAGCAGUGCUUGAAGGGGGCAGUGUUUUGUACAGACUUUACAUCGGACAUUAGCAGGAAUUGUACACCAGGCUGCCAGUGCCUUCAUGGGACUGUCCUGCAGGAUGGAGGAUGUGUGCUUGAGUCUGACUGUCGUUGUGAUGUUGAUGGACAGCAAUUCAAACCUGGAGACAUUGUUUUGAGGAGCUGCAACAACUGUACAUGUGACGGGGGGAGGCUGGUAAACUGUUCUCAAGUUAUUUGCAAUGUGGAUGGACAGUGGUCCACGUGGACUCCAUGGAGUCAGUGCUCGGUGUCAUGUGGCACUGGACUCAGGUCUCGCUACCACUUCUGUUCCAGUCCUCAGCGAUCUGGCAGUGGUCUUCCAUGUCUUGGUCCUCACCGUGAUGACCAAGUCUGCAUCACUACACCGUGUGAUCGACAUGGGGCUUGGAGUCUGUGGAAUAAAUGGACCGAAUGCACUAAGUCAUGUGGAGUUGGGGUACAAAGUAGAAGGAGACACUGUGACAACCCCACUCCAGAGGGGGAGGGAAACUACUGUGAGGGUCUGGGAACUGAAGUCAUAGCUUGUAACACUGACCACUGUCCAGUGUUACCUUGUUCCCAGGUCCCAGGGACAGUGUUCAGUAGUUGUGGGCCCUCUUGUCCUCGAUCUUGUGAUGACCUUUCACACUGUGAGUGGCAUUGUGAGCCAGGGUGUUACUGUACAGAUGGAAAAGUCCUGUCAGCCAAUGGGACAGUCUGUGUAGCAAGAGAAGAUUGUCCUUGCUUGGACCUUAACUCUGGACACCGACUAGAACCAGGAGAGAUUUCUGAGACCCCUGAUGGAUGCAACAACUGCACAUGUGAUGGUGGCAGACUUAACUGCACCAGAAAGCUUUGCCCAGUGUCUGGUGGGUGGUGUGAGUGGUCGGAGUGGACUCCCUGUACCAGAGCUUGUGGGGCAGAGUCGGUGUCUCGUUACAGAAGCUGUAGCUGUCCAGAGCCAAAAGCUGGUGGAGAACCCUGCUCUGAAGAACAUGAAGUGCACAGUGGGAUUGGAGUUCAGCUACAGAGACACCCCUGCCCUGUCAUAAGCUUUUGCCCAAUUCAUGGUUCAUGGAGUUCCUGGUCUGCAUGGUCAGAGUGUGAUGGGUGUGCUGGGUCAUCCACUCGUUUCAGGGAGUGUAAUAGCCCUCCUGCCAGAUUCGGUGGCCUUCCCUGUCUAGGAGAAAGUCAGCAGAGCCGUGGUUGCCAUGACAACAUUACUGUCUGCUCAAACUGCGGUGGUGGCCAGGAAAAGUGGACGUGUGGGAAGCCUUGUGCACGCUCCUGCUCAGAUCUCUCAGAAGACAUGGAAUGCUUGGAAUCCCCUGAAUGUAGUUGGACCUGUGGUUGUCCUGGUGACAUGGUGCUGCAGGAUGGAGUCUGUGUGGCUAUGGAAGAGUGUCGCUGCAAAUACCAUAACAACUCCAUAACUGGUAAUAAUAAUAUGUCGUGGGUGUGGCCUGGUGGUUAUGAAUGGCAGUUUGCAAAUCCAGGAGAGAUCAUCCUUAGUGCCUGCAAAAACUGCUGCUAUGACUUGGUGGGCCCAUGGCUGCCCUGGUCUCAGUGGUCGUCAUGUUCAGUUAGCUGUGGUGGAGGGCAGCAGGCUCGCUCUCGUGUCUGCAGCUCUCUACCUUGCCACGGCCUCAGUCGCCAGAGCAAAACCUGCAACACACAAGUCUGCCUUGAUGUGGGCUGCCCUCCUGGCAGACUGUACAGGGAGUGUGAGCAUGGAGAAGGCUGCCCCUUUAGCUGUGCUCAGGUCAGUGGGAAAGAGGGCUGCUACUCUGACGGCUGUGAGGAAGGCUGCCACUGUCCCCCCCAGACCUACCAACAUCAUGGACUUUGCAUAAUGGAGUGUCCAUGUCUGCUGGAUAAAGAGUUCCUAGCCUCUCUUCAGAGUGUGUCUGUCACACCGGUGUCUUCUCUGCUUUCCAGCAACGUCUUCGAAAAUGCUGAGCUCCAAUCUGGAGAGACGUUUGUGCAUGACUGCAGCACCUGUGGCUGUGAGCAUGGCAGGUGGAAUUGUUCCUUGGAACACUGCCCACUGGAUGGAGGACUGACACCCUGGGGUCUGUGGAGCUCCUGCUCGCUCUCAUGUGGGGGUUUAGGGGUGAAGACUCGUACCAGGGGCUGCGUGCAACCAGCACCUGCGUUUGGGGGGAAAGACUGUCAGGGUCCACGCCAGGAAACUACCUACUGCCAGGCUCCUGACUGUCCAGGUACAGCUGUCAUUCCAACAGAAGAACCAACCAUUCCAGAAGAAGAUUCAGGCUUUUUGUCUUGGUCACUGUGGAGUCCUUGCACGAAAACCUGCACUGAUGUCCAAAGUCCUGCUGUGAAGUUUCGUCAUCGACAAUGUGCAAAAGCUGUCUGCUUUGGGAUCUCUCACCAAGAGAAGGCCUGCAACCUACCUCAGUGUCCAGGUGAGGUGUGCGCAGCAGUUGACUGUGCACAAAGGAACUGUUCAUGGUUGGCGUGGGGGGAAUGGAGUAGCUGUUCGCGAUCCUGUGGAGUUGGUCAGCAGCAGAGGAUCCGAACUUUCCUGAGACCUGGAGCCAAUGGUUCAUGGUGUGAGGACAUUGUUGCUGGGAACCUGGAGCAACGCUUCUGCAAUAUAAUGCCCUGCAGAGUGGAUGGAGGUUGGUCCCGAUGGAGUCCAUGGUCCCUUUGUGAUAAGCGCUGUGGUGGUGGACGCUCCAUACGCACUCGCUCCUGCUCCAGCCCUCCACCCAAGAAUGGUGGGAAGAAGUGUGAUGGUGAGAAGAACCAGGUUAAGCCGUGCAACACCAAACCUUGUGAUGGGAAAGGAUGUCCACCGGGCCAAGAAUUUGUGUCAUGUGCCAAACAGUGUCCACAGCACUGCUCAGACCUUCAGCAGGGUAUAGAGUGCCAGGGCAAUGCCGAAUGUCAGCCGGGCUGUCGAUGCCCUAAAGGUCAAUUGAAGCAGGAUGGUGUGUGUGUGGACCUUUGGCAGUGCGACUGUCUGGACUCACUAGGGAAAAUGUGGGCGGCUGGCAGCUGGCAUCAAGUGAGCUGCAACAACUGCAGCUGUUCUGAGGGACAGCUCCUCUGCACCAAUCACAGCUGCCAGACUUCCUGUGUUUGGAGCUCCUGGUCUAGUUGGGCAACAUGCAGUGUCUCUUGUGGGCAGGGCCAAAGAACCAGAUACAGAUCUCUGAUCCCAGAUGGUGAAAGAACAGAUUGCCACUUUGAAGAAGUUCAGCACAAAUCCUGCAACCCAGGAUCCUGUCCACCUCUCUGUCUGCUGGACAGACGGGAGCUCAGUGUGGGAGACACAUGGCUACCAGGAGAGUGUAAACAGUGCACGUGCACACCAGAGGGUGUUUAUUGUCAAGACAUCGACUGCAGAGUGGAUGGUGACUGGACACCAUGGUCUGUGUGGUCUGACUGCUCUGUGACAUGUGGUCAGGGCACACAUGUUCGGACUCGUGCCUGCAUCAACCCACCGCCGAGAAACAAUGGGUCUCACUGCACUGGACCAGAGAGAGAAACCCAAUACUGUCAGACCCCUCCCUGUUUGGAUGACCUUUGCCCCUGGUCGCCAUGGUCACCAUGCUCCCAGAGCUGUGGUGCAGGGUCGAUGUUACGACACAGGGUGUGUGUGUGUGAAGACAGAGGUGAAACUUCAUGCUCCCCGGAGGCUGAGAGAGUUAGUGAAGAGACCCAACUGUGCUACAAACAACCCUGCCCAGGUUGUCCUAUGUCUACAUGGAGUGUUUGGUCUCAGUGCUCAUGUGAGUCUCAGAGGCAGCAGCGCUAUCGUGUAGCUCUCACCUCCGCCACCAGGGGUCAGCAGUGCACGCCUGUAGAAACACAUAGCCGAGCCUGCAGUCUCCGUCAGUGUGAAGCCUGUGAAUCCCCGUUUGCUUACGUGGCAUGUGGUGCUCCCUGUGAAAAGCACUGUGCCCUCACUGGAAGUGGUGAUUUGUGUUUGGGUGCCAGGGAGUGUACACCUGGCUGUUAUUGCCCCGAGGGUUUGCUGCAGCAGAACGGCAGCUGUGUUCCUCUCCAUGAAUGUGGAUGUGUCUACCUGCAGCACCAGGCUUCUGGAGAACCACCAACACCUGUCAUUCUUCCUCAAGGGACCACAGUGACUGUAGACUGCAGUACUUGCCUUUGUCAUGAUGGGACUUUGCACUGUGAUACGAGAGAGUGUCAAGAUCUGUGCCAGUGGAGUGCAUGGAGUGUUUGGACCGUAUGUGCAGAGCCAUGCAGUGGUGGAGUCAGGCAGCGCUACAGAUGGCCCUUGGCCUCUCCUCUAGGGCCCCGCUGUAGGAGUCAAGAGACACAAAGUCAGAGCUGCAACACAGGGCUAUGUCCAGGUGAACGUUGUGAGGAUAGGGAGCGAACUUAUCAGGAGAGAUGUGCUAAUCAGUGUCCUCGCAGUUGUGCUGACUUAUGGGAUCAUGUUCAGUGUCUCCAAGGAACUUGUCACUCUGGUUGUCGUUGCCCAGAAGGACAGUUGCUUCAAGACAGCCACUGUGUGCCAGUACAAGAGUGCCGCUGUGGUAUCCCAUCAGGCAAUGGGACAUUGGAGUUCAAGCCUAGAGAGGAAGUGGUCAUCGAAUGCAACACCUGUUUGUGUGAGAAUGGAACUCUGGUUUGCACCAAGCUUCCCUGCCCAGUUUAUGAACCUUGGAGUCCGUGGAGCAUGUGCACAGUUUCGUGUGGACAUGGCCAAAGAACAAGAACACGAAGAUGCCAGGACACAGACGGUGGUCCCUCCUGUUCUGACACUGAGCAGAUAGAGAGCUGUGAUCUGCCAUCUUGCCCAGUGGGUUGUUUCUUAAGUGGAUGGUCAGCCUGGAGUGAGUGCAGCACCACCUGUGGUGGUGGGGUGUCAGUGCGGAACAAAACAAUCAUUCAAGAACCAGAACCUGAUGGGGCAGCCUGUGUUGGACCACUUGAGCAACAUACAGUCUGUAACACCAACAGCUGUCUGCCUGAGUGUCCCCACCAGCAGAUGUACAGUAAUUGUGCAAGUUCUUGUCCGUUUACCUGCGAGGACCUGUGGCCACACACCCAGUGUUUACCUGGACCCUGUACGGCAGGCUGCAUAUGUCCUCCAGGACAGGUGUUAUAUGCAGGUUCCUGCAUGCAUCAGGCAGACUGUCCCUGUUCAACACUCUCUCUGCCCAGUGGGUACCACAGCUGGAAUAUAAGCACUGAAGGCUUCUAUGAAGCUCUGCUGCAACCUGGAACAUCUAUUCAGCACAUCUGUAACACAUGUGUGUGCCAAGGUGGAAUGUUCAACUGCACUUCAGAGGCUUGUGAUGUGGACUGUCAGUGGUCUAGCUGGUCAGCGUGGAGUCCAUGCUCAGCCAGCUGUGGUACUGGACAACAGACCUCCACCAGAUCUGUUCUGCAACCUAGUCAGUACGGAGGGGCCCCAUGUGAAGGCUUCAACCUACGCACUACAACAUGCAUUGCUCUUGACUGUGUAUGUCCUGAUGGGGAGCACUGGAGGAGGAGUGUGUCAGAGGACGUCCCACUGUGUGAGAGGAGCUGCCAGGACAUUUACUCCCCCUCUCCUGUCAACUGCAGCCACUCCGCUGAGGGAUGUGUGUGUCAGGAGGGACUUUACAGAAACCAAGAGGGUGUGUGUGUCAUCCCCGCCCUAUGCCCCUGCCAUGAACAGGAGAUUGUGUGGGAGGCAGCAUCUGAGUGGGAAGAUGGGUGUCUGUCAUGCAGCUGUGUGAACGGGAAGAAACUCUGCCACAUGAGGUGUCCUCCACUCUACUGUGAUGAGGGUGAAGUCAAGGUGGAGGAACCGGGUAGUUGCUGUCCAGUCUGCAGAAAGCAGUUCCCAGAAGAGCCAGUGCCAGAGUGUCAGCGCUACGUUCAGGUUCGAAACAUCACCAAGGGAGGAUGUUGGCUUGAUAACGUGGAGGUCAGCUUCUGCAGAGGACGCUGUCUGUCCAGGACUGAUGUCAUUCUGGAGGAGCCCUACCUCCGGUCCGAGUGUGAGUGCUGUAGUUAUCGUCUGGACCCAGAUAAUCCCGUCCGUUUCCUGAGUUUGCAGUGUGAAAGUGGAGAAAAUGAGCCAGUUGUUCUACCAGUCAUAUACAGCUGCGAGUGCACCAGCUGUCAAGGUGAGGAAUGA